CAUCUGGCACAAUGCUAUAGUACGUUACUUCAGGGUGUACCGCCUGGAGGAGUAUGUUGCACGUGCUUGUGCUCAGGUCGGCCGACAAGCUUCGGAGAGACAAACUUGCAGAAUUUCUUUUCCGACUAGCCACAAGUUGGAAGAACGUUGAUUGAGCAGUGGCAUAACAAGCUGGAAGAACGCAAAACAUGAACCACAAAUGCAACUUUAUCGCCUCCUUAGCCGCCCAAUGUUGUCGUCGUCAUGUGUCCGCUUGGGAUCGGGACCUAGACAUGUCCUGCAAUUGAGACGCUUUCGAUUACAUUCGAGGUACCUGGCGCACUUGAGCUGGGAGACUCCGACUGCGGCCCCAAUUCGAUUCGUGCAACACCCAUGCCGCAUCUGCCCAUUCAGCGGUGCGCAACCAUACCAUGCGUUGCCUGCGACAUUCCCCGUGACAGCCUCGUCCUGCAGCCUUAUAUGCUCAUAAUAGCGACACUCCGUCAUGCGUCUCGCCAACUCGAGUUGACGCUCGCG